AUGCUGCAGCGCAUCUGGGACGACUAUGUGUUCCCUGACUGGGACAGGGUGAUUGCCGAACCCCGAACACGAGAGCUCUGGUGGCGCGGCAUCACGCCUCGGUCUCGCGGGGCGGUGUGGCAGCGAGCCAUUGGCAACGAGCUGGCCCUGACAGAGGAGUCGUUUGUCAAGGCGCUUGAGCGGGCCGAGCAGCUCAGGAGCAAGACGGGCGACGGGUACAAGUGGGCGCAUGAGCGGUUUGCAGCCAUCCGCAAGGACGCCGCCAGUGCGUUUCCUGCACUGAAUGUGUUUGCAGAAGGCGGACCGCUACAUGAUAGCCUGGUGCAGGUGCUGGAUGCGUAUGCCAUGUACCGCAGCGACGUAGGCUACAUCCACGGCAUUCACGUAUGUUUCCUUUUAUCAUAUGUUAAUAAUUCUGGCCUCUGCAACGCUGCGUCUCAAGUUCCCGCGCCUGUCGACGCAUCUAUGCGAGAACCUGUGCCUGUCGGACUCGCAGAUCUGGGAGCCCAUGUUCCGCUCGCUGUUCACGAACGGGCUGGACGUCGACCACGUCUCGCGCAUCUGGGACUGCUGGGUGUUUGA